UUCGGGAACCGCGGAUCGCCGGGCCGGUACCGCAUUGCCGGGCCGGUACCGCGCCCGCCCGCCCGGGGCCGCGCCAUGAAGAGCCUCAAGUCCCGCCUGAAGAAGCACGAAGCCAUCAUCGGCGGCAGCGCGCUGAGCACAGACUGGAACAAAUACGAUGACAGGUUAAUGAAAGCAGCUGAGCGGGGUGAUGUGGAAAAGGUUUCAUCAAUCCUUGCCAAAAAAGGGGUCAGUCCCACUAAGCUGGAUGUGGAGGGGAGAUCUGCAUUCCAUGUUGUAGCAUCAAAGGGAAACCUGGAUUGCUUGAACACCUUCCUUAUGCAUGGAGCUGACAUCACAGCCACGGAUGCUGCAGGCAGAAAUGCCCUGCACCUGGCUGCAAAGUAUGGACACGCUCUGUGUUUGCAGAAGCUGCUGCAGUUCAACUGUCCAACAGAGAACGUGGAUCUCCAGGGCAGAACUGCUCUGCAUGAUGCAGCUAUGUCAGACUGUUCCUCCAGCAUCCAGCUGCUCUGUGACCACGGGGCCUCGGUGAAUUCAAAAGAUGGGGAUGGGAGGACUCCCCUGGUGCUGGCCACUCAGAUGUGUCGUCCUGCAGUGUGUCAGCUGCUGAUAGAGAGAGGAGCAGAUGUCAAUGCCAGGGACAAACAGAGCAGGACUGCCCUGAUGCUGGGCUGUGAGUACGGCUGCAAGGAUGCAGUGGAAGUGCUGCUCAGGAAUGGUGCAGAUGUGGGGGUGACUGAUGGCCUUGGCCAUGACUGUGCUUACUAUGCCAGAAUUGGGGACAAUAUUGACAUUUUGGCUUUAAUCAAAGCUGCCCUUGAGGAUUCCAGCACAGCAAGAGGCAGUCUGAAGAGAGGGCAGCCUGAACAAAAGGUCCCUCCUGUGUCCCAGAAGUGGAACUGGCUGCAUCUGCAGGAGGAGGGGAACGUGCAGCUCCAGCAGAAGGAGCAGAAUGCUCAGGAACUGGAGUUAGAAAACCAAGGUCUGAAGGACCGGAUGAGAGAGGUGCAGGAGGAGCACAGGAUGCUGCUGGACAGGAUCAGUGAGCUCCAGCUCCAGCUGAAUGAGGAGCAAAUGUUUGCAGAUGAUCUUGAAAAUGAGAAAGAUGAGCUGAAGAAAAUCCUGACUACCAAGGAAAAACAGCAGGAAGAAAGCCUGAGAACUAUUGAGGCUCUCAAGGCUAAACUCAAAUAUUAUGAAGUUGACUUUGUGGGAUCUGGCAGUAACUUUGGGAGCAGGAAGGAAGAUGUGCUACUGAAGCAAGGCCAAGUGUUUGCUGGGGAAUCACAGUCCAGGUCUAUGCUGAGACCCCUGGAGCUCUCCCUGCCCAGCCAGUCCUCCAGUUCAGAGAAGGAAACUUUAAAGAAAGAACUGGACAGCCUGAGGACCUGCUAUGGUGCAGCAAAAGAAGAAAUGAACAAACUGCAGAGGGAGCUGGCUCAGAAGGUGUCUGAAUGCAAAGCUUUGGCACUGGAGUGUGAGAGAACCAAGGCAGAGUCUGAUGGGCAGAUCAAACAGCUGGAGGAUGCUUUAAAGGAUGUGCAGAAAAGAAUGUUUGAGUCUGAAGGCAAAGUUAAGCAGAUGCAGAGCCACUUCCUUGCUCUGAAAGAUCACCUGAAUAAUGAAGCUGCUGUGGGAAGCAGCAAGGUGCUGGAGGAGCUGAAGGAUCAGCUAAAAGAAAUGAAAGCAAAGUAUGAGGGAGCCUCUGCUGAAGUGGGGAAACUGAGGAACCAGAUCAAGCAGAACGAGCUGCUGGUGGCAGAAUUUAAGCGAGAUGAAGGGAGGCUGGUGGAGGAAAAUAAAAGGUUGCAGAAGGAGCUUGUGAAGUUGGAGAUGGAGAGAGAUAAAAGGGGAAGGAAGGUGACAGAGCUGGAAGGGCAGCUGGAAGAGGCAGCGGGCAGGUUAUCCCACUCUGUGCCUGCAGAGCAGUUUGAACACAUGAAGAGUUUGUUAUCAAAUGAAGUGAGUGAGAAGGUGAGGGAGCUGGCAGAGCUGGAGGCAGAGCAUGGGAAGCUGCAGGCAGAAAUGAGGCUGCUAAAGAGGGAAUCUGAGAGUCAGAAGGCUCAGCUUGCUCAGCAUGUAAAGCCAGAAGAGCACGAGCAAAUGAGGAGUGGGUUUGAGCAAGAAAACGAGGAGCUCAGGAGGACGAUUUCUGAGUUGUCACAGAAGAAUCAGACGCUGCAGAAGGAGCUCGAAAGGCUGCAGGUUGACAACAAGGCACUCAAGCAGCAAAUCCAAAUGCUAAAAACUGAAAUUAAAAGCCAUAAUGUGCCUUUAAAAAUUCAUGAGGAGUUGAAGAAAACAAAUGAUCUGGCUGUUGGUGACCUGACAAAAAAGCUUUUUGAAAUGACAAAGAAGUACAGCGAAAGCAAAGCAGAAGCUGAAAAGUUGCUGGCAGAGAAAAACAACUUAAGUGAGGAGAUCAGCCACUUCCAGGCUGUGUGCCUGACUCCAGAGCAGCACAGAAAGGAAGUGGAAGCUUUAAAAUCUAAUGGCAUUGAGCUUGAAAAGGAGCUUAACGAGCUUCAGAAAAAAUAUGAUGAUGAGCAAGCAAAAGUGUGCAAAGUGGUCUCUGAAAAUGCAGCCAUGAGGGAGAGACUCAGGGAUCAGGGUGUGCUGGCUGCAAGGCACGAGGAGGUGAAAACAGCCUUGAAUAACACCCUGGAAAAGACCACCAGGGAGCUGUCAGAUCUGAAGGAGAAAACUGAGGUGAUAAAGCAAGAGUUCACCAGGGUGAAUGAAGAAAAUGGAGCUUUGAAAAACAAGGUGAGGGUCUUAGAGAAUCAGUUGCAGACGGAGUGUAUAAGUUUGAAAGAUCACGAAAGUGCAGUGGCUGCUUUAACUAGAAGUGUGCAGGAGCUGCAGGGGAGCAAUGCUGAAGUGAGGGCUGAGUAUAAGAGGGGACAGGAGGAAAUUGUGCAGUUGCAUGCAGAGAUAGAAGCCCAGAAGAAGGAACUUGACACAAUUCAGGAAUGCAUCAAGUCCAAAUAUGCCCCUCUUGCCUCCUUUGAAGACAGAGAACAAAGCUUUGAGGCCACAGUGAGAGGAUUAAAAGCAGAGCUGCAGGAGCAGGUGCAGAAGUGCAGAGCAAGUGAGGAGGAAUGCAAGAAGUGCAAAGAGGAGAACGAAAAGCUGAGGAGCGGGGUUCUGUCCAUCCAAAGUGACCUCCAGCACAACUAUGUCCUUGCUGAGAAGUCCCGUGAGAUGGAGAAGAUGUUUGCAGGGAAAAUGGAGGAGCUGAACGAGCAGCUGAGAGAAUUGCUGCAGAAAUACACAGGUCAGAAAGGAGAGGAAAAGGAGGAGCAGGAGGGUGCCAAGCAGCCCCUGAGCAGGGAGGCUCAGCAUCUCUCAGCAGAAGAAAUUGAAGCCUUGAAGAAGGCUCUGGGCCACACUGUGGAGGAUCUGAAGGAAGCCCUGAGGAGCAAGAAGGAGGAUUAUGACAAAGAAACCCUGAGAGUGGGAGAACUGCAGCAGGAACUCUCAGAGCUGAGAAAAUCCUCAGUGCCUUUGGUGGAAUAUACACAAAUGAAGGAGAUGCUGGAGCAGGAAAUAACAGCAACCAAAACCACCUUGAGGGAAAAGGAAGAGGAAAACCAGGCUAAGAAGGAGGAAAUCCUGAAGCUGCAGGCUGAGGUGCAGCUCACUCAGGAAGCUUUAAGAGACCUGGAGAGCAAAGAAGUGGUUGGCAUGGCUGAGUACAAGUCCAUGAGAAGUGCUCUGGAGGCCCAGAUCAGCAGCAUAGCUGCAAAUCUGUCUGAUGUGAACAAAAAGUACAAGGAAGCCUGUGAGGAGGCUUUGCAGGCCAGGAGGAGUGAGCUCUGUCUGAAGGAUGAGAAGGAAUUGCUUCAGCUGAGGAGCUGCAGCAUCGAGCAGGAAAUUAAGGACCAGAAAGAAAGGUGUGAUAAAUCACUGACAACAAUCAUUGAUCUGCAGAAGAGAAUACAGGAGUCUGCCAAGCAGGUGGAAGCCAAGGAUAACAAGAUAACAGAGCUGCUAAAUGAUGUGGAGCGUUUAAAACAAGCUCUUAAUGGCUUGUCUCAGCUCACAUACACCACUGGGAUUCCCUCCAAGAGGCAGAGCCAGCAGGUUGAAAUGCUCCAGAACCAAGUGAAAACACUGCAGCAGCAACUAGUGGAUGCCAAAAGGCAGCACCAGGAGGUGGUUGCAGUUUACAGGACACAUCUCCUGAGUGCUGUGCAGGGCCACAUGGAUGAAGAUGUCCAAGCUGCUUUGCUCCAGAUCAUUCGGAUGAGGCAGGGACUUGUCUGCUGAGGGGCUUGGUGCCUUUGCUGCUGUGAUGACAGGAGUGGAAACCUUCCUGGGAUUUGUGGAGCUCAGAGCAGGGCUGCAGGGAGAACCCCCAAGCAGGAAACACCUCACAGAGUUGGAAUGUCUUUUGUCUUCUAAAACAGGGUUGCUAAGGUUUUCAGAGCUGGUACUGGUUUGUUUUUCAGUAGCUAAGUAAAAGAUGUGGAGCAUCUUUUAGAGCUGGUAUGCAAGUCAAAAUGAUGACAUGGUAGUUAAAUUAUUUUGAUGUCUGAUUGACCUCUUUUUAAGAAGCAAGCCCCAACCCCAGAAGCUCCAGGUUUUAUCCUACAACUUGAACUCUCAUGUUAAAAAUAAACUCUCUCCAGAUGAGCUUGGCUAAGUCCUGUAGCUGUAUAUCUCCUUUAAUGAUUAAGAGAAAGUGGCUCUUGUGUCCCAUAAGCUGAUCAUGACACUACAGCCUGCUGGGGAACUCAGAGGGAUGGUGUUUAGGUCUGUGCUGUAACCUGGCUGGCCAAGUUACAGACUUUUAUUUAAAUACAAGCUUAAAAAUGUAGUGCCUUUGCUUCUUGCAAGACUUAAAAAAACCCCAAAAAACCAGGUUUUCCAGCAAAACACUAACUUCUGUGUUUGCCUCUCCUGCCCUCUUCUCCCAGGAUUGUUCAGGGAAGUUUUGUCAGUGGUUGCUGCAGGCUGGAGCUGUGGGAUUGUGAUCUGAGCACAGGGGUUCUGCUUGUGCCUCAUUUCAGGGCUCAGGAGCUCACUGAGCUGCACACUGCAAAGUGUUCAAGCUCUGUCUCGUGGAAAUUUUAAGGCAUUUUCCUCUUAAGUGUAAGUUCUGCAGCACAGUGCCCCAGGCAGGAAGGAUUCAUGAGCUGAGGAGUUUUAUUUGCUUGGAAUCCACCUAUUAAAACCAGACAGAGCUUGGUUUUUAACUGGAGGAUGGUGUUCCCUCAGUAAGUGCUGUGAAAUCAAACAUGGAAUUUAGGGCUAUUCAGAGGAAAUAAUCCCAGGCUGAGGCUGAUCCAGCAGGGUUAACUCCACUGGGCUGGAAUCCUUUGCUUGUGAACUGGCAAGGGAAAAUCUGGCAUCCUGGUGCAGGAAAGCCAAACUUCCUCCCAUCUUCCUGAGAAACAGAGGCAAAAGUCUGAGUGCAGAGCUCUCUGCUCCAUGGGAGCUUCUCUAGAAGCCUCAGAGGCUUGGGCUCCUUUGGAGUUUUAAUAGUAUUAUGAUUGGUUCCUUUCUUUUUUUCUUUUUUUUUUGUUCUGUUUUGUCCCUUUUGGGGCAGUCUUGUUGCAGAACUGACGAGUCAGCUGCCACUAGAGGAGGAUGCAGAGCUAGUGAUGGAUGUGCAGGGCAGUUUUUACCCUAUAAAUACCCUUAAUAUAUUUACUAAAUACGUGUCUGUAGUUAAACAGAUCUGCUGCUUUCCUUUAAUUUCCUAGAGGACUAUUACAGAAAACAUCUCAGUAUAAAUGUCACUUUUUAGCCAAACUCUUUAAUGAUUGCAUUACUUGAAACUCCUGCUCCAGAGGAACUGUUUUGAUAAUACUAACUGGCAUAUUUUAUAUUGUAUCUUUCCUUAACUGAGGGAGUCCUAUGUUUGUUUUUCUAAACUUCUCCCAUAUUAGAUUAUCAAUAAAACGUUUUCUUCUUUUUUU